AUGGUCUCUCUACAGCUCGUCAUCCCUAGUGAAGCGCUGCCGUUGACGUGGUUGCGGAUUGCGGACGUUCCGAUGACAAUCAAGAAUCCGAUGCCGCUGCCGGCGCUGCCCCCACCGGUCAGCAGGAGUCUGCCAGCCUUUCCUUCUCUGGCCCUCCUCCUUCUGGCACCGGUGCCCCUCCCCCUCCCCGCCUCCGGUGCUCCCCAACAGAGGCGAGCUGACGACGCUGCUCCUGCCGGUCUCUCCUUCUCUGGACCUCCUCCUUCUGGACCUCCUCCUUCUGGAUCUGCCCCUGCCGGUCCUCCUCCCUCUGGCGCCCCAGCAGAAGCGACAGGACGUCCGUCUGGUUCCGCCCCCGCCGGCCCGCCUUCUUCUGGAUCUGCCCCCGCUGGGCCUCCUCCCUCUGGUACUCCCCAGCAGAAGCGAGCUGGUGAUGUGAACUCUGCCGCUCCCCCUCCUCCUCCUUCCGGAUCUGGAUCUGCAGAAGCGACAGAACGCGCCCUCCGGCUCUGCUCACAAGAAGAAUGGCGUCAGCCACCACUGACUUCGAGCGCGCGCAUCCGGCCAGAUACAACGACAGUACACCGCUCUACCGUGCACAAUCAGAUCACUUCAUUGCAAUAA